AUGGCGGAAUCCGACGAAAAAGAGAAACACGCCAACGAUCGCUGGGAAAAUACUGACCUAAGAAUCAGUCAGUACUGUCGAUAUAUCCACAUUCUCGAAGCUCCGUUUACCUUCAAAUUACUUUUAUCACCAAAGCGUUUCCAAGCCAUCUCGUGGCUAUGGGACAACCGGUACCUCAACUCUAUUGAGCCUAAUGCAUUUAGAUCAAUAAGAGGGGAUAAAUUUGAGGCGUUUCUCGUUGCUGCCGAGAAGGUCACAGCAUUACGGAAGAAGAAGAAGAAGGGGUCUUCGCAGCAAAUCAUCGGUAUCGCAGCAGAAUAUAUCAUCACUCAUAAAUUGAUCUGGUCCGAUGACAAUGUCUGGGAGAAGGGGUUUGUGGACUACUUCCUGGCGCAGGUACUGUGGUGCUUUUUUGACGCAUAUCCAAAGUUCGUUCCUUGGAAGAUUUCGGAUAAGGAGCCCCUGGAACAUGCUGUGAAAUGCAUGUUGACGCUCCCGGAUUCGGAUAUCCACAAAUUGACUACGAGCAUUGCCAUAUUAGUACCAAAUGUGAGAAUGGGAAGCAUCGAUGAUCUGUUUAUUUCAUGGGUCGAUGGUAAGCUAAUGUACUUAUCGCAACGGGCAUUAAAUUUUGGGAAGCAUGCCAAAGACGGGAAGAGGAAGUUAUUCGACGCUGGGAAAGAGAACGGGAGUACGAUCAACCUACGUUUGAAGUUGGCAAGCCAUAUUGAUGAAUCAAAGAGAAGAACUCUAUUGACAAACGCCCUGGAUAUGGCAAAGGAGGUAUAUGGAGAGUAUCAUGCGGUUACCUGGCAUUGCACGGAGCAACUAGGGGAUUUCUAUCUCAAUCACGCGUCUGAGUAUACAAUGCGAGACUACUUUUCCAAUUUAGGAGGUGACAAUGCACAGGGAGUGCAAAAGAUAUAUGAGGAAUUUCUGAACCGCGCCUACGAGCUCGAGCAACAGAGCACACUCGAUGGAUCUGAACGCGAAGCGCUUUCAAUCUUGAUACGAGAAAAGGUGGCCCCCACUGUUGCUGAACUAUAUAUGAAAAGUGGUAAAGAAUCAGAAGCGAGGAAGUUGCUCUGGAAAAUCACAAAGGACAAGAGCUCUCAAAUUUACCAUGAUGAUUGGCGACCCUUCCGGUAUGGGUCUGGAAAUAUGGGACGUCUGAUAUCUCAAAUCCGCUCAUUCGAAGGAUUCUACUACUACUCAGAUCUGAAAUACAGCAGUUUAGAACUGGUUCUUUUCCCUUUCGACGAGAUAUCUUUGGCGUCUGUGACACCUUCCGACGAAGAGAAAGCCAGGAAAUGGCAUUUCGUAUUUGACCGAAUGCCGAAUGGCGAAAUUAUUCGUGUUGGUGAAAGUACUGAUUGGUCUCCAGGUCUUGAGGGAGGGUAUGAGCCACGGACGAUACAAAAGGCUGGAGAUGAUACCGACAAUAAGGAAAAUAUGAUCCUUGAACUUCCAUACAUCACGUACAGCCAUUUCAAGACCUCAAAGGCAUAUCGAGAGGGGAGCACAUAUGACUUUUACCGCAAGGGAUCGAUAAACCAACAACUUGAAGAUUGGAUGGAGAAGAAUAAAACACAUCACACCCCCACUUUUAGGGGCGAAGAUUAUUCCCAUUAUUUCGCGUAUGCCGACAGAUCGCUGGGUGUAGGGACUUUGGUCAAUUCUGAGACGGGGGAGCCUGAGGACUUCGUGUAUGAUCGAGAAACGGGGUCAAUGAAGAUGAAUGGUGAGAAACAUGUAAUUUACGCUCAGGUUGGGAUAUUCGUGCGUGAGCUAGAAUACAUGCGUCUGAAGAUGAUGCGUAUGAAACAGAAAGAGAUGGGGGAGAUUGAGAAGUUCGUGUAUGAUCGAGAAACGGUAUCACUGAUGAGGAUGGGUGUGAAACAGGUAGCUACUAAGGAGCUUGAGAAUCCUCCAAACUACAAGCUUCUCAACAUCCCUCAAUGUGAAAAACAGAUCCUCGGAUUUUUUAAUAGCACACCCGGCGACAUCGCUGCCAUAGAUGAAGCCGGUACUGUGGGCCAGGGCUUCAAUUUGGUAUCUGCUGAGUGGUAUGAUUGGAAACGAUUCAUGCUUCACCCAUGUGCAUCGUCGACAGAGAGACAGCCUGAAUUGGUAUCUACAGACGGAUCACCCAUUCCCGUACUUGGAUACAUAUACGGCAGUUGGACAGACGAUACGCUUCACAAGCAAUGGAAGGGGCUACAAAUUUGGGUUGUUUACGCUAAAUUCGAGUUGCCCUCAGAUUCAUCGCAGGAUGGACGAUCGUGCCAUUUCAUCCUCAAUGCGGAUGAUCUGUGUAAGAAUAGGGAACAUGAGUUAUCCCAUAGCGAAACCAGAGCAAUAUGCACAUUCCUCAACCCAGCACUACUCCGAGUUAUGAACCAUGCCUUUCUGAAACUCGACAAUAUCUGCUGCAACAUGGGCCAACCAAUACCCGAUGAUUUCGCGGGUGUCACCAAGAAACAAGAACAAAACACGCAAAGAGACCCAAUCGUAGAACUCUCGUUCCGUGAUGCGUGGGAUACGGAGUUUGCUUUCAACUGGUGGAAUUGUGCAUGGGGACCUGAUCGGGCCGAGAUCAUGACUGAGCAGUUAAAGGAAGAGAUUGCGCGACGAAGGAAGUGGGAUGCAGAGAGUACGCCGGUGUUCAAGCAGUGGGUUAAUUCGCGGAAGUGA